CAGUUUGUUUUCCAAUCCUUAUCUCUCCAGCAGAGGAUAAAAGUCCAGCUUCAUUCCACUCAGGUCAUAGUUUCCACUUUCUGAGCCUUUUGGACCCAAAGAACCAGAAACAUGAAGGUCUAUCUGCUAUUACUGCUACUACUGCCACUCUGCACAGCUCGGCCUUUUCAAAUCAACUGUUAUGGUGAAGAUUUCCUGAUGGUCCACAACCUGCUGCUGCAGUGUACUGGGAAGGUCCAACAGGCCUGUUACACCAGAGAUAACGGAGAAAAAGGCUGUACUCGGCUGGAGAACUGCUCCCGACCCGGUUGGACCUGCUGCCACACAGAUCGCUGCAAUGGUGACAAAAACUGAAUCUAGUCUGGAUGUUGAGUCAGAAAUAUUCCUCUGAGUCCUAAAGAUUCCUGUAAAGACCGUCUCAGAGCCCGUUUAAUGUGUCCAAUACAAAUAAACUGUUGGAUGGACCGACAA